AUGAUUUGGAAAAUUUCUAUAAAUGAAAUUAGGAUAUUAGGUUUAUUUUUAGGCUCAUUAAUUACUGGGAGUUUAGCUUUAUUAAAAAUUAAGAGAGGGGUGAUAGAUGUAGUAGAAUGAGAACUCUUUAGAUUAAUGGGAAGAAGAAUUGUAUUUACUUUAGUAUUAGAUUGAAUCUCUUUAUUGUUUAUAAGAUUUGUUUUUGUUAUUUCUGGGAGAGUUCUUAGUUAUAGAGGGAGAUAUAUAGCCGGGGAUAAAACUUUUAAUCGAUUCAUAUAUCUUGUUUUAGCUUUUGUUUUGUCUAUAAGUUUUAUAGUUUUAAGCCCUAAUUUAAUUAGAAUUCUUUUAGGUUGAGAUGGUUUAGGGUUAGUAUCUUACGCUUUAGUUAUUUAUUAUCAAAAUGAAAAAUCUGCAAAUGCAGGUAUAUUAACUAUUCUUUCAAAUCGAGUAGGAGAUGUGGCAAUUUUAUUAGGGAUCGGGUUAAUAAGGAGAUUAGGAAGGUGAAAUUUUUUAUUUUAUAGAUAUUAUAUAGAUGAAAGAUGAAUACUAUUAAAGAUUUUCUUGAUAAUUUCAGCUAUAACUAAAAGAGCUCAAAUUCCUUUCUCUGCAUGGUUACCAGCUGCAAUAGCAGCACCAACUCCAGUCUCAGCUUUAGUUCAUUCUUCAACUUUAGUUACUGCAGGAGUAUAUUUAAUAAUCCGAUUUAGAGCAGCUUUAGAAGGAUCAAUAAUUCAAAGAUUUUUAUUAGUUAUUUCAUGUUUAACAAUAUUUAUAGCGGGGUUAGGAGCAAAUUUUGAAUAUGAUCUUAAGAAAAUUAUUGCUCUAUCAACUUUGAGUCAAUUAGGCGUUAUAUUAAGGAUUCUAUCUUUGGGUUUCAGUGAUUUAGCUUUUUUUCAUUUGUUAAGCCAUGCACUAUUCAAAGCUUUGCUUUUUAUGUGUGCUGGAAUUAUUAUUCAUAGAGUCGGAGGUUAUCAAGAUAUUCGAUUUAUAGGAAAUUUAGUUAAAUUUAUACCAUUAACAGUAUCAUACAUGACUAUUGCUAAUUUGGCUCUAUGUGGAUUUCCUUUUAUAGCAGGAUUUUAUUCAAAGGAUAUAAUUUUAGAAGUGGCUUUUAUAAGGUGAAUUAAUUUUAUUGCACGAUUACUUUAUGUGAUAGCAACAGGAUUAACAGUGAUAUACACCUUUCGUUUGAUUUUUUUUUCUCUUACGGGAGAAUAUAACUUAGGAAGUUUAAGAAAUCUUUCAGAUGAAGAUUUUUUAAUAACUAAUUCAAUAAGAAUUUUAGGUUUAGGAGCAAUUUUAGGCGGGUCGGUAUUAAGAUGAAUAUUAUUCCCAGAGUGUUAUAUAAUUUGCUUGAGGGGAGUAAUAAAAAUAAUAGUGUUAAUAGUAAGAAUUCUUGGAGGAUUAAUAGGCUAUAUUUUGAAUUUUAUAAGAGUAAAUUAUUUGUUAAAGAGAAUUUAUAAUUAUAAAUCAGUUGUAAUAAUAGGUUCAAUAUGAUUUAUGCCUUUAUUAAGAACUUUAAAAUUAAGUGAAAAAAGUUUAAACAUAGGAUUUCAAAUAGAAAAAGUAGCAGAUAAAGGUUGAUUUGAAUUUUAUGGGGGUCAAGGUUUAUAUUAUUUAUUCUCUCAGAUGUUUUUUAUUUUAAAUUCUUUACAAUUAAAUAGAAUUAAAGUUUUUAUAAAAAUAUCUAUAGUUAUAAUUAUUAUUUUUAUAAUUUUAAGUAUAUAA